GCGUCGUUUGAUAUUGAAAUUAAAAUUCCGAGAUUAACAAAAAAACAAACUAAUAGAUGCAAUAUACCAUUAAAUACUCCGGAACAAUAUUAUCGAGCAUCAAUUUUUAUUCCUUAUCUUGACAAAUUUAUUACAGAGUUAGAACAAAGGUUCAAUGUUCAUCGAUCGAUUUUAUCAAGUUUCGAUUCUUUAUUUAGGGAAAAUGGUCCCAUCAAAGAUAUUAUAAUUCUAUCAAAUAAAUAUAUUGAAGAUUUGCAGAAUGAUGGAUCUCAGAAUCAAAUUAUUGAAGCAGAAUACAAAUUAUGGCAGAGAAAACUCAUACAAACAACAGAGAAACCAAAUAAUGCUCUAGAGGCUAUGGCUACGUGUAACCAGUCAAUUUAUCCAAACAUAUUUAAACUUCUUCAAAUCUUAAUCACGCUACCUGUUUCCUCUGUAACAAAUGAAAGAACAUUUUCAAAUUUAAAAAUAAUAAAAACCUAUUUACAUUCAACUACAGAAGAGAACCGCCUAAAUCAUUUAAUACUUCUCUCCAUUGAACACAAGUUAGCAAAGACUUUAUAUUACGAUGAUGUUAUAGACAGCUUUGCUGAAAAAAAAGUUUUCUGA